AUGGCACACAGCCAAGGUGAGAGCCAUGUCGUGUCCUCCCCGUUUGGGCAGAGAGAGAGCAGGGCGAGGGCAGCCUAUCAGAGCACCACAGGCCCAAGGGCCAGCCAGUCGACGCAGACCGAUGUGCAGACCGAUGUGCAGCCUAUAGAACUAUGUAUGCAGUCUAUGCAGGCAUCUGAUGCAGCAGAGAGUCAGCAUGGCGGGCCUGGCGGUCUCCGCGGCCCAAUGGCCUUGACAGGCCUCGACGGGAUCACUGGAACGUUUGGCGACGUGGAAGUUGAGUGGAAUGCAUGCUGGUAG